AUGGCGGCCUCCAGCUGGCUGUGCGCGGCCGUCCUCCUGCUCUGUGCCUGCGACCUGCUGCUGCCGGUGCUGCCGCCCGGGGCCCGCGCGGCCGAGGACCCGGCCGGGAAGGCCGGCGAGGCGGCCCCGCCGACGCCCAAGAAGAAGAAGAAGGACAUUCGCGAUUACAAUGAUGCGGACAUGGCGCGCCUUCUGGAACAGUGGGAGAAAGACGACGACAUUGAGGAAGGGGACCUGCCGGAGCACAAGCGGCCCUCGGCGCCCGUGGACUUCUCCAAGCUGGACCCGGGCAAGCCGGAGAGCAUCCUGAAGCUGACCAAGAAGGGCAAGACCCUCAUGAUGUUCGUCACCGUGUCCGGCAGCCCCUCGGAGAAGGAGACGGAGGAGAUCACCAGCCUGUGGCAGGGCAGCCUCUUCAACGCCAACUACGACGUCCAGCGGUUCAUCGUGGGCUCGGACCGGGCCAUCUUCAUGCUGCGGGACGGCAGCUACGCCUGGGAGAUCAAGGACUUCCUGGUGAGCCAGGACCGCUGCGCCGAGGUCACGCUGGAGGGCCAGGUGUACCCGGGCCGCGGCGGGGGCGGCCGGCAGCGGAACCAGACCAAGCCGGCCAAGGGCAAGAAAAAGGAGGACAAGCCCCGCGGCGCCUCCAAGGAGGACAACCGGGCGGGCCAGGCGCGCGAGGACCUGUGA